CAGUCUUUUCAAUUGCAAACAAUGAUGUGGUCUCCAGAUUUGUAUACCAUAGGACUGAUCUUAUUCAAGACCUCCAAAUGUGCAGACAGUAUGACUCUAUAGUAACCAAAGAUAUGCCAUCAACUUUCCUUGCUGCAAAGGCGUUCACAAAUCCGAUAAGAUUCGUAACAUUCCCAGAGACAAAAUCAACAGUUGACAAAAUCAUUGAAUAUAUGGAAGGAAAAAAUGAAGAGUCAUUCGAUACUUUAAAGGAAAAUAUCCGGAGUAUAGUAACGGUUCUCGAUGACAUAGACUCAUUUUGGAUAUCCCAAGAUGACGAAUCUAUAAUAAGACGAUAUAUUGCAACUACACAUGGUAUUAUAAUGACUAAACCUGGCGUCGGUAGGGAACAAUCAUACGAUCCUACGGAACAACCAUGGUAUCUUCGAGCAUUGGCCAACAGAAGACAGUUGACAAUUUCGUUCCCCCACAAAGACAAGCACAGCAAAGGAUACGAAAUAACAUUGAG